CCCUCUGCCAGGGCUGAGCAUCUGAGUGGGGUAAAGUGUCCCUGUGACCAGGAUGCCCUCACCUGAACAGCAGCCAGCAUUGCUUGCGACACUAUAAACAUGUUCAUUGACUGGCUUUUUCCUUUAAGGAUAGAAGCCAGAGGCCAAAAGAGAAAAAUACCUAGUUGCUUAGCUUAUUAGACAGUGGCUUAGGAGGAAAAAGAGGCUGCGAAGAGGCUGGGAAUUGAAAUCGUGACCUGAGAGUUUCCUGUGGCCAGCUAGCUGGAAGGUCUGCUGUGCACACGUGGCCACAAAAUGACCUUAAAUGCUCCCUUGUCCCCCUCUGUGGGCAGUUGUGCCCCAGCCAACCAUUUUGUGGAGCCUGUGGAUUCAGGAUGCUCUGUCUACAUGCCCCUUUUGCUGAUGCUCACGUUCUUCCUUUCCUUCCAGUUUUCCAUCUGUCGAGGAAGGUGACAUCCGUCGUCCCAGAGAGCUGCCUCCUCAUCCUGCUGGGGCUGGGCCUAGGGGGCAUCGUGUUGGCUGUGGCAAAGAAAGCCGAGUACCAGCUGGAGCCCAACAUGUUCUUCCUCUUCCUCCUUCCCCCUAUCGUCCUAGACUCAGGCUACUUCAUGCCCAGCCGGCUGUUCUUCAACAACAUCGGUGCAAUCCUCACCUAUGCGGUGGUGGGCACGCUCUGGAACUCCUUCGCCACUGGCGUGGCGCUCUGGGGGCUGCACCAGGCCGGGCUUAUGGAUCCGGGCGUCGAAGCUGGGCUGAUGGAUUUCCUGCUUUUCGGCAGCCUUAUCUCAGCUGUAGACCCUGUGGCAGUGCUGGCUGUCUUUGAAGAGGUCCAUGUGAAUGAGACCCUCUUCAUCAUUGUGUUUGGCGAGUCUCUCCUGAAUGAUGCUGUCACUGUGGUGCUGUACAAGGUGUUCAACUCUUUUGUGGAGCUGGGCCCAGCACACAUCCAUGCCACGGACUAUGUGAAGGGGGUAGUCUCCUUCUUCCUUGUGAGCCUGGGGGGCACGGCUGUGGGGCUGCUUUUUGCCUUCCUCCUGGCCCUGAUCACGCGGUUCACCAAGCGUGUGCGGAUCAUUGAGCCUCUCUUCGUCUUCCUCCUGGCCUACGUUGCGUACCUUGCUGCUGAGAUGGUCUCGCUGUCCUCCAUCCUGGCGGUCACCUUCUGUGGGAUCUGCUGCAAGAAGUAUGUGGAAGCCAACAUCUCCCAGAAAUCCCGUACUACUGUCAAGUACACCAUGAAGACCCUGGCAAGUAGCUCAGAGACCAUCAUUUUCAUGUUCCUGGGCAUCUCGGCUGUGGAUACCUCCAAGUGGGCAUGGGAUACAACGCUGGUGCUAGGCACCCUGCUCUUCAUCCUGCUCUUCAGAGCCGUGGGCGUUGUCCUCCAGACCUGUGUGCUCAACCGCUUUCGUCUCAUUCCCCUGGACAGGAUUGAUCAGGUGGUCAUGUCAUAUGGCGGCCUCCGUGGAGCUGUUGCCUUUGCCCUGGUUAUCCUGCUAGAUGGGGCGAAGGUCAAAGCCAAGGACUACUUUGUGGCGACAACCAUCGUGGUGGUGUUCUUCACUGUCAUCGUGCAGGGCCUCACCAUCAAACCCCUGGUGACAUGGCUGAAGGUGAAGCGCAGUGACCACCACAAGCCCACACUGAACGAGGAGCUGCAUGAGCACGCCUUUGACCACAUCCUGGCAGCAGUGGAGGACAUUGUGGGGCACCACGGCUACCAUUACUGGAGGGACAAGUGGGAACAGUUUGACAAGAAGUACCUGAGCCAGCUCCUGAUGAGGAAAUCUGCCUACAGGCUCCGGGAUGAGAUCUGGGAUGUUUAUUACAAGCUGAACAUCCGUGAUGCUAUCAGCUUCGUAGACCAGGGUGGCCAUGUGCUCUCUGCCGCCAAGCUGUCAUUGCCCUCCAUGCCCAGCCGCACAUCCAUGUCGGAGUCGUCCGUCACAAACCUCCUGAGGGAGAGUGGCAGGGGCGCAUGCCUGGACCUGCAGGUGAUUGACACAGUGCGGAGCCGCCGAGACAAGGAGGAUGCUGUGAUGCACCAUGUGCUGCGAGGGAGCCUUUAUAAACCCCGCAGGCGGUACAAGGCCAGCUACAGCCGUCACUUCAUCUCUCCAGAUAAACAAGAGCGGCAAGAUAAAGAAAUCUUCCGUCAGAACAUGAAGAGGCGGCUGGAGACCUUUAAAUCCACAAAACACAAUGUCUGCUCUUCCAAGAGCAAAGCCAGGCUGAAGGAAAAGGGCAGGAAAAAGAAGGGCAUCUCUCUGACCAGCGAUUCGCCCAAUGGGAAGACGCAAAGAAAUGUCCCCUGGCAGGAGGCGGCUCCUGUCUUGGUGAUGGUCAGCUCAGAUGAGGAGGAGAGCAACAGCUCGGAGACGGAGAGAGAGGACGAUGAGGGGAUCGUAUUCAUCGCUCGAGCCACUGACGAGGUCCUGCAGGGAGAGAAGACUCCCAGCAGCCUGGAUGUCUGCCCCAGCCCCUGCAUCAUCCCGCCAUCACCCACCUUGGCAGAGAAGGAGCUGCCGUGGAAAGGAGACCAGGCUGAUCUAGCUGUUUAUGUUUCCUCGGAAACCACCAAAAUCGUACCAGUGGAUAUGCAGAAAGCUUGGAACCAAAGCAUCUCUUCCCUGGAGAGCAUUGCCUCCCCACCAGGCAUUGAGACAGGACCCCAGCACAAGAGAUUUGCUUGCCCAGUGCUGGAGGAGCAACCUCAGUCUGCCAGUCAGGCGAUGCCAGAGCAGAGCUCCUGCUUCCAGUUCCCCAGCCAUGUCUCUAAGAGCAGCAGGUCACAGAGUGACAGCAGCCCGGAUGGCACUGAGCAGCAGGAGCUGCAGCCUUUGAUGGCUGCAGAGGAGCCGAGCAGGAUACUGCCCUCCAUGGAACCCAGGUGGCUCAUCCAGUUCAACAGAGCGAGCCAACUUUGAGGCAGACUGUGGAUGGGGAGAGGGCUGGAGAGCUGCAGACAGGCUGCAACCAGUUGGCUGCUCUGCUGUCUUGCUUUGUAAAGCUUGUAUAUGUCUCAGUAAACUCCACAAGUGGCAGGAGAGCCUGGUACUCCUGCUGGAGCUGUGCUCCAGGCUGGGCUUUGCCCGCACACCUACCAGUGCAAAACUGGUAGGUAAAUGAGCUUUGUGCUGCAAUAGCGGGUACCAUCCACCCAGGGAGGUGCGGACCCAAAACCUCUUUCUUCCUCUCCAGUUCUUACAAUCCUUGCAGCCCUGGGAGGCCAGAUCUGUUCUUCCCAGAGCUCAGAUCCCAGCCUGAAGUGAUUUCGCCAUGGCUGUGCCGCCCCAAGGCCUGGGGGAUUCUGGCUGACAGGGUGUGGCUGCUCACAGGUAUUAGGGCACAAGCUGAUUUUACAGCCUGUCCAUGCAUAGAAGGCCUCCCAGGCAGAGAGCAGGGAGUGGAGGCCAGUGCAUGAGAGAUAGCCCAUCCCCAUAAAGUGACUGAGCCAUUGGCUUCAAGGCCACCAUAGUGUUGUUUUCCCUAGAGCAAGCAUGGAUCUUGGCCAUGAGGCAAGAGAUUGGCUCCUUUCCAUGGCAGCUCUGUGUUCCUCGUGUUAUGGACGUACCACGGAGGCAACGCCUUGACCUUCUCAGGACUGGGAGCUGUGCUCCUGGGGAUCGGCUCCACCGGGAGCCAGACUCCUGGACGCAUACGCACAGGGAGUCUCCUAGCACCCAACCUGCUGUCCCAACCUCACACCAUUUGUCUGGAUGUGUUCCUGAUAUCUGCUGCUGUUCAGCUUUCUGGCUUUGAUAGGAGACGGCUACCCUGCACAGUAUCCUGAGUAUUCAUCCUGCCUGCAUCCCGAUUCCUCUAGUUGCCUGGAGCCCAUCAGCCAGGAGGGCCGACUGCAGUAUGAAGAGGGGAGCAAGUGGGACAAGCAGCAGGUAUGAAUGUACAUUGGGAGCAGGGGCAAGGGGAAAGAGCUAAGUGCGUCCUUGAGGUGGAAAUGGUCCAUGGAGUAUCCCCAACUCUCUCAUGCUAGCCCAGGCCAUGGGUGGGGGGGGGGUCUCCUGUGCCCAGCUGCAGUGCUUGAGCUUUUGUGUGGACAGCCUGGGCCAACAUGAGCAGGUGGGGAUGCUCCUCUUAGGGAAGAACGGUGACCUGGGCUGUUAAUUCCAAAUGUUAAGCCCAUGGAGCUGCUCCCAGUGGAGCAGGUAAAUAACUGCCUGCUCCAGCCUAUUUGGGGAUGCUGAGCCAGCAGGUGUCGAGGGGACACUUAGAUGUGCUUGGUAAGCAGUGCUGUAGCCCAGCACGGGGCAAGCGAGCUGGUGGUACCCACUGGUACUGUUAGCACAGCUCAGCAAAGGCCAUUCUGCUCUGUACCUGUUCCACCAGCUUGAGUGUGAGGUUUUUAGAAGGUUUUUAUAUAGUUUUGCAUUUCUUGUAUGCCUUAUUCUGGUUUUGAUUUCUGAUAUUGGGCCAUACUAAAUCUCUAGUUGGGUCAGUGUUUUCUGUAGCCAUGGGCACCACAAAUGGCUCAAGGCUUAUCUUAUUUGCAAGAAUAUUGUUUUAAUGUGAAAAUAUAUGCAGACUAUUUUGUAAUGUUCAAUAAAUCAGAGUUGGAGCAGG